GCGCUGCUCACUUGUGUCUUUUCGAUGUCGGCAGACAUUGCAAGCAAUCCGUUGCGCGUACUACACAGCGAGUAUGAGGCGCGGCUGGUCAAAGGCCAGGCAAUCAAUUCACUCAAGUCGCCACCAUCGACAACUCGUCACGCCCGCCAACCCCCACCCAAUGUGGAAAACUGCAGCCAGCGGCCACUUCGGGGAGCCCGUCCGAUUGUGACAUCACCCAACACAAAGGCCCCUACAGCCCAUGCACCACGCCGAUCCAAAUAUGUGUACAGCGAUCGCUUCAUCCCUUCUCGAAUCGGAUCCAACCUCGAGGCCAACUUUCAUCUAUUGCCCGAUGCAACCGCAUCGCCAUAUCCACCAUCGAAACGCAACCAAGUCCACGCGCCUAACAAGAUGCCCUCUGCGGUUCCAACCUCGACAAAGAACCAAGAAGAGCUUAGCGUUCUGUUGCAGCGUGAAUACCUCGGUGUCGAACCCUCGACGGCAGCGGCGUUGCCCCCACAACCGCCGACCAACAUGAGCUUGGCACAGCCACCGUCAACGUCGCUCAGUGCACGCCGCAAUCUGUAUCGAUAUCAAACUCCACGUGACGUCGUCUCAUCGACCGCGACACCACUGACAAAACGCAACCCGCUUGCAGCGAUGAACCAGCCCAUAUCAAAACAACGCAAGAUCGCCAAAUCGCCGUUCAAGAUUCUGGACGCCCCAGCUCUUCAAGACGACUUUUACCUCAAUUUAGUCGAUUGGUCCUCGACCAACGUCCUGGCCGUGGGCCUUGGCACGGCCGUGUACCUCUGGAGCGCAUGUACGAGCAAGGUCACGAAGCUCUGUGAGUUGUCGACGAUGGUCACGUCUGUGUCGUGGACCGUCCGUGGCACGCAUCUCGCGGUUGGCACGCAUCACGGGGACGUUCACCUGUGGGACACAACGUUAAACAAGCGUGUUCGAGUCAUGGGGGGUCACACCGAGCGCGUGGGAACACUGGCGUGGAACGCGACGGUGUUAGCGUCGGGUAGUCGCGACAAGACUAUUUGCAUGCGCGACCCAAGAUGCCCCAUGGACGUCACAUCUAUCUUGCAAGGUCACAAGCAAGAGAUUUGCGGCUUGAAAUGGUCGUUUGACGACCAGCAGUUGGCCUCUGGCGGAAACGACAACAAGCUCAUGAUCUGGAAUUGCCAUGCCCCCCACCCCGUGCUACGGUUUACAGACCACUCGGCGGCAGUCAAGGCAAUUGCUUGGUCGCCCCAUCAGCUCGGACUGUUGGCGUCCGGUGGCGGCACUGCAGAUCGCUGCAUUCGUUUCUGGAACACGUUGCAAGGUCACGGUUUGCAAGCCAUCGACACUGGGUCCCAAGUGUGCAACCUCCUCUGGUCAAAAAAUAGCAACGAAAUCGUGAGCACCCACGGGUACUCGCUCAAUCAAGUAAUUGUGUGGAAGUACCCGAGCAUGACCAAGGUCGCGACACUGACGGGCCACACGUAUCGCGUCCUUCAUCUUGCCAUGUCGCCCAACGGCCAAACGAUUGUCACUGGCGCGGGGGAUGAAACCCUCCGUUUUUGGAACGCAUUUGCCCCAUCUACGUCAGCUUCGACAUUGUCAUCGCUCAUGUUGCCGCUGGGACGCCACAACAUUCGAUGACGUGGUCGCCAAGCCAACUACAUAGACCUCCCUCCGAUUGUCGUUUACUCCGUAGUACCUGUGAACUGACAUGACGUCGCCAAUUCGAGAACGUUCAUUCGUGGGUGGCUGUCUUGUGGCGGUGGCCAAUGGCUUUGCGACCCAAAUUACAAAUUGGAAACUUAACCAGAUUUCGCA